UUUAACACAUGAGGAAGAGAAAGAAAAACAAUGAUAUUGGAAAUAACUUGGUGGACAGAAUUAGUGUGUUGCCUGAUGAAAUUUUAGCAAGUAUACUCUCUCUAUUGCCCCUGAAGGAAGCACAAGCUACUAGUGUUCUUUCUAGGCGAUGGCGCCAUAUGUGGGCGUCUACUGUUACUCUUAACUUUGAUAGUGCCCCAACCAUGUGGAGUUUCGUACACGGCUCUAUAUCUUCCAAGCCCUACAACCUCAAAUCGAAAGUAGAAGGCGAAAUCAGUAGGUUCGUCCCUUGGAUUAAUAGUGUGGUGAAACAGCAUAAUGUCCCGUGCAUUGAACUGUUCAGGGUUCGUUCUCCUCUAAAUCAAGAAUUCGCAGGUUCCAUUGAUAAAUGGAUCCAAUUUGCAAUGGAAAAGGGUGUUCAAACACUGGAGUUGGACUUUUCAGUCUUUGGAUGUGUUCCUCCAAUGUAUACUUUCCCCCAUGAUCUUAUCAAGCACUUGUGUGAUGGUCAUAUUCCAAUUCAAGGCCCUUGUGCAUGCAUUGGUUUGAAUUCCCUCAAAGUUCUUAAUUUCCAUUGUGUUAAUAUCGCUGGAGAAGUUCUUGAGUACUACUUGUCUAAUUGUCCAGUUCUUGAACGACUAUUAGUGCGUGAUUCUCCAUCUUUGAGUAAUCUAAGAGUUGUUGGUUCAUCAGUUGCAUUGAAGUAUCUACUCAUAGAAUACUGUAGAAACAUCAAAAGCAUUGAGAUUUGUGACACAAACCUCGUUUCAUUUAUAUAUGAUGGAGAUUGUAGAAAUUUGCUUCUUAGAAAUGUACCGCUGCUUGUUGAGGUAUCAGUUAGUAUGCCUUCCUGUAAGGACUGCAUAGAGGUUGCCUUCACUCAACUCUCAUGCCGUCUUUCUCAGUUAAAGAUUUUGAAACUGAAUCACCUUGGGAGAUACAAGAGAGAUCGUGUUCCUCAAUACAAGAAAGAUCUUUUGUUUCCUGUACUAGCAAGUCUCAAACAUUUGGAAUUAUGUCUCUACACAGAAGAUGAUUGUAUUCUUCUUCAAUUAACUUCCUUCCUUAAAGCCACUCCUAACUUGGAGGGUCUUGCGCUUGUGUUGAAUCCAGCAUUUCCUUGGAUAAGAGAAAUUAAAUAUAAAGCUGCCAAAUGCUCCCAUCAACAUCUCCAGGUAGUGCAACUAGUAGCAUAUGAUGUAGUACAUGGUUCUAGCGCAUAUCAUCUCGAAGUUGUAAAGUACCUGAUCAAGAGUGCUGUUGAACUUAAGAAAAUCUUAAUUACUCCUAAUGCUGACGAUGAGGAAAAGAAGGACAGAGUGAAGAAGGAUAUCGAAGAAGAGGUGAAGAAACAGAAGGCAAGAAAUCAUUCUAGAAACCAGCUUAUAGAAGGAGUUCCUUUAACCAUAGCUUUUGUUGAAUAUAAUUAUGAGACGAAGUCCAAAUUUGCGUGCCUGUAUUAGGCCGUGUUGGUCAACUAGUUGAGAUGUUCUGUUUUGAAGCAGAGUCAUGUUGAUGCUUUGCCAAUAAAUGUACUAAAAAUGCUCUGGAAUUUCUUGGCUAAGGCAGACAACAACAGUUUAAUGUAUUAAAAAGGCUCUAGAGUUUCUUUCGAGUGCAGCUCUUCUUUCUCUGCUGUACUUCACCAUCGCUAUUGACUUUGACUUCUGUUCCAGAAC